GAUAGAGGGACACUUCUGUUGCUCUGCUCGUUCCCCUACCUCCGUCUCCUCGGACCUCUCACUCGCUCCCUGGAGAGGGAUGAACUUUGCCCUCAGGCCUCCACCGUCAGGCAGAUCUGGGCCCGGUGGCGGCAGAGGAGCCUCCAUGGAGAACCUGGAGAAGCAGCUCAUCUGCCCGGUCUGCUUAGAGAUGUUCUCCAAGCCCGUGGUCAUCCUGCCCUGCCAGCACAACCUCUGCCGCAAGUGUGCCAACGACAUCUUCAAGGCAGCGAACCCUCUGUGGCGGUCCCACGGCUCCUCCGGCACGGGGUCCAGUGGCGCUCGCUUCCGCUGCCCCUCGUGCCGGCACGAGGUGGUGCUGGAUCGCCACGGGGUCUACGGCCUGCAGAGGAACCUGCUGGUGGAGAACAUCCUGGACAUGUUCAGACGGCAGGAGUCCUCCAGACCUGUGAACAUAAAGCCAGAGCAGCAGCAGCAGCAGCAGAAGCUGCUCUGUGAGGAACAUGAAGAGGAGAAGAUCAACAUCUACUGCCUGUCCUGUGAGACGCCGACCUGCUCCAUGUGCAAAGUGUUCGGAAAACACAAAGACUGUGAGGUGGCGCCACUCAGCAGCGUCUACAUGAGACAGAAGACCGACUUGAGCGACAGCAUCGCGACGCUGGUCGCCAGUAACGACCACGUCCAGGCAGUCAUCACUCAGAUGGAAGAGAUGUGCCGCACUGUCGAGGAGAACGCCCAGCGCCGGCGGGAACAUCUGGCCGGCCGCCUCGACGGCCUGGUGGCCAUCUUGGACGAGCGGAAGCGGGAGCUGGUGGGGCUCGUCGCCAAAGAGCAGGAGGAUGAGCUCAGGCGCGUUCGCUCCCUCAUCGGCCGCCUCGGCGACCAGCUGGAGGCGGCGGCGGCGCUGGUGGAGGCGGCCAUUCGGUCCAACGAAGAGCCGCACGCGCCUUUGUUUAUACGGAGCGCCAACGUCAUACUGGAAAAGAUAGCAGAAGCAGCGAGGUCCUCUCACGUGGAGCCCCCACAGCUCGGCUCCGAGGGCAUGAGGCAGUUUGUCUUCGACACCGAUGACCUCGCCGACAUGCUGAGAAACAUCCACUUCCCAUCAGGCGACGCAGAUGAAGAUCCUCAUGAAUACGGAGAGGAGUCAGAGGAGUUGUUGUUUUCAAUGACUGAAGGGAGGAGUUGAAUUUUUUCUGAAGAACUAUCUGCUGGAAUAUAAUCUAGACGAAUCAACCUGAUGAACUUGCUACAUUCUUCAGAGAACAAUGCCGCGUGACUUCUGGAUGUGUAAACAAACUACUGUUCGCUAACAAGUUAUCCGUAGCACCCUAAACUGAUUUUUGCUGACGUGUGAAAUCCUCCCUAACAAGACCACUUAUGUCGAAAAUGGAGGGAGGAUUCCCCCUCAUCCGCCCCGGGAAGGCGACAGCAUCACUCCUGCUCACUCGGCCAGAAGCAGCAGCAUCUUCCUCCUCCUCCU